AUGUCUUCUCGGAAACUGGUACUCGACAAACGAUUGCUCACACCCCAAAAGUUGACUCGCGCUUUCCGUUUUUCAAACUUUCUCGCAACUCAUACUUACUCAACCGAACACAGAAUAUUUCUCCGUUUUUCAACGACCGUGCUGAGCCAUAGCUUAUUUUAUGCAAGCGCUCGUCUGCAUUUUAAAUCAUCGGUUAAGUUUCACUUUCAACGUGCAAAGGAGAAUACAACUCUUCUGACAACAAUGGAUCAAAAUCAAAUUCUUCGAUCCUUUUUAUUCUUCGUGGCUUUCCAAGAUCUGUUUGGUAUCGGCUUGGUGCAGUACAUCGAAGAUGUAUGCUUUUGGCGAUCUCAGUUACAGCUGGUAGAUUGUGAUGACACCGCCAUUACCAGCGUGAAAUUUCAAUCUCGACACGAAGGCUACACAGAGCUGUCCCUAAAGGGCACGCACCUUCAGAAUCUUUCGUUCAAUGUAAGUUUCUUGCCCGAUUUAAAGGUCGUGGAUGCGCGCAACACCUCCUUAAGUUGUCGAAAAAUAGCUCUCAGCAUUCUUGAAGUGAUAGAUCAUGUAAUCGUAGAUGUAAAAUCCUGCUUCAAUGCAAUCUGUUGCUGGAAGUUUCGGGUAAGCAAUGAAAGCAUAACGGACAACAGAGACUCGAACAAAUAUAUUAAGAGAAGACCGAAUACGGCUUGGUCAAGAUCACCGGAGAUACCGACUCCGCAGGCCAGGCACCAACCAGUUUCGGACAUGAUGCUUUCCAAGAACGACGCACAGGCAUCAUCUAAUUCUGUUGUACAUCAAAAUGUGGGGGUCAAUUUAGUUAAGAAUCAAGUCCCCAAUGCCAUCAGUGUUUCUACCCAGGUAAAGAUCAACUGCGGAGAUACUAUGACCAAAAAGCAGCCCGAAAAACAGACAGUGUCUGAAUCUUCUUUUGGGGCUGAUAUGACCAUUGUGUACAGUGUCGUCGGAAUAUGCAGUGUGACAUCAUUGGUGUCUUUGUCUCUUAGUAUUUACACUAUGUGCACCCUCUACCGACAAAGGAACUGCAGUUUAAAGGAUUUCAGCAUGCCACUGAGGUCUAGGUCACAAGGAACGGUUAUCUUAUGA